UGUCGAUGGAGGGUCUGCUCAGCUCGUACUCAGGACAUCUUCCUCUCACCCAGCAGCUGGGGAUGGAUCCCAGCAGAUACUCUGAACCCUUCCAGCAGGGCCUCACGCCGCCUCAGAUGCCUGGUGACCACAUGAACCCCUACGGCACUGACUCCAUCUUCCAUGACUUUGACAGUGACACUUCUCUCACGAGUCUAAGCGACUGUUUCAUGGCCGCUCCAGAUGUCGGCUCCUUGCAGAGUCGGGCGGGAAACCCCAUCGACCGCCUGUACUCCAUGCAGAACUCCUACUUUGCCUCAUGUGGCCCCAACAUCACCGCUGGUACCACCCAACCCACAACGACACAUCCCAGGUCAUGAAGAGUGAGCAUAUAAUGCUGCAAGGUUCAAGGAAAUAUGAC